AUGAUAACAGUUCCUGAUCCAGCUAAGACGAGCGUCCGCAGACCGGAGAGUAUCCUGGAAUUUUGGCAUCGGCAGCAGCAGUCCAAGCGCUACGUCUUGCUACCCGUGGUUGCUCGCAUCCUGUUUGCAGUCCCAUCUUCGUCUGCUCAGAUUGAAAGGGACUUCGGCCACAGUGGGCAAAUGGUGACUGCCCUGCGAGCUUCUACAAGCACGGCUAAUAUCGACAUGGCUUGCUUCCUUCAUCAACACCGGUCAUUUGUCGAUGUGUGCCAGUGCCCAAAGCUGAAAGCAUCCGAAGUCGACGAACACAUUCCAAGCAAUGUCAAGAUUAACCUGGAUCCCGAGGUAGUGGAGCGAAUGGAAUGGAAUCAGCUGGCACAAGCGUGCUUUUCGACAUCAAGCGCUAGCGCAUUUGCUUCUUACAACGAGGAGGAGACGAAAGACUCAAGCUGUUAG